AUGGAAAAAAGUGAAAUGGAUAAGGAUGUUGAUGCGUGUAUGGAGAAAUUGAACAAAAUGGAAUGGGGUGAAGAAGAUGAAAGACACAAGACCGCUCUUUUGCUAUUUGGUGAAAGUGCCAAUGUUCGAAAAGUUUGGUUACGACUUUCGCAUAGUAGUUGUGCGUCGUGGGUGAUGGGUGCGGGUCAAUUGAGGUCAAACCGGCGCAGGCUAAUUAGAAUUCAUAGAAUUAGAGAUAACGAUUCAAGCGAGUAUGCGUAUACGCAAGAUUUGAUGUAUGGAGACCCUACACAAUGUUUCGAUAUGAUGCGUCUUACACAAGAGGCAUUUGCAUUAUUAUGUAACCAUUUUACCCAAAAAAAUUGGUUGCAAGCUAGUAGGAAAAUAAGCAUUGAAGAGAAGAUGGCUAUGUUCUUACAUGUUAUAGGACAUAAUGAACGUUUUCGUGCGGUUAAGGGAAGAUUUCAUCACUCCACACAAACGAUUCAUCAAUGUUUUAACGAAGUCCUAACUGCAAUGAUGUGUUUUGCAAAAGAAAUUAUAGUACCAACAACUCUUAAUCCAACAAGACAUAACUCGAAACGACAUAGAAGGUUAAAAAAUAUUUUUUCCGGAGCAAUAGGUGCAUUAGAUGGAACUGUUGUACAUGCGGUUGUACCCGUUGAUCAACAAACUCGUUAUAGAGGAAGAGGAAAAGGAGAAUAUAAAUAUUACCUUUGUGAUGCAGUAUAUACAAACACUCGUGGGUUUAUGGCUCCAUACCGCAAUACUAGGUAUUGGUUAGUCGAUUUUCGAAGAGGCAGACCUUUAUCUAGAGAAGAAAGGUUCAAUUAUGCUCAUGCACAACUUAGAAAUGUUAUUUAUGGUGUAUUGAAGGCGAGAUUCCCAAUCUUAAAACAAAUGGCUCCUUAUCCUUUUAUAGUACAAAGAGACAUAGUCAUUGCUUGUGUCGCGGUCCAUAAUUUUAUAAAGAAAUACAAUAUAGAAGAUGAUUUGUUUAGGAAUUUUGAGGAGGACACUAUGGUUACUCCUGACGUCCAAGGUGGGGGAAUUGAUAGAGAAAACAUACAAGGCAUAGAAUGGGGUCCAGAAGCCGAUAUGCGUGUUUUGCGUGAUCAAAUUGCAAAUCGACUACUUUCACCUACUUUACAUUAA